AGCUAAAGCGCUUUUGAAGCUUGAACGACUACGGGCGCAACUUUCACCUCAGGCUUUGUUGCGGGGCGAUGACUCUUCAAAAAAGUCAGAGUCAGGCAGGCACGAUGUAAUUAAAAGAAAAAUCGAUCAAUCAGCGCAAGGAAUCAUCGAGAUUUCCUUUGUAAAUACAUUACAUUGAGCCUCGAUUUUUAUACUCCAUGAUGCGACCUUAAUGAAAAAUCAUGCACGUACAGAGGCAAUAUGUCUUAUGAACAUCCAAGAGGGGCUUCGAAGAUGACUAAGCGAAUUUUUCAUGCCAGACACAAAUCGCUGUUGGAAGCAUUCAGCGUUGGAGUUUCGUAGCAGCAACAACCGUAAAAUUCCUCGUGGAUAAAACUACGUGGUGCGCAGGAAAACUCACAGUGAAAAAAAUGGACAACAACCGAGCUAUGAAAAUGGAUCCGCUGUCACCGGGGCCAUGCCUUGAAAUAAGCGACGACGAGCUCGUCUCCAUCUCGGUACGCGAUCUCAACAGGCAGCUGAAGCUGCGUGGCUUGACCAAGGACGAGAUCGUGCGCAUGAAGCAACGCCGCAGGACCCUGAAGAAUCGAGGUUAUGCAGCUAGCUGUCGCAUCAAGAGGAUCGAGCAAAAGGACGAGCUCGAGUCGGAAAAAAGCCAGGAGUACAGGGACAUGGAGAUCAUGCAGGAGGAGAACAACAAGAUGAGAGAGGAGGUGGAGGCUUGGAACAAGAAGUACCUAGCUCUGGUGAAGUUCGCCAAGGAGAGAAAAAUACCACUGCCAGCGGAACUGGAACAAGUGCCUUAGUAUGGGGCACAGUGUGAGAAACGAGGAAAGAGAGAAAUCUAUUUUAUACGAUUGAACUGAAUGUGAUGUGUCUUGAGUAUUCUAAAAAAAAUUGAAUACGAUUUAGGUACUUAGAAUAAUGCACUGUAAAAUUUGUUUAGAAUUUAAAUUGGUUUCCGAUCAGUAGUCAAGUCCAAUUAAUAAUUCAUUCCAUAGAGUUCAAAAAUUAAUUUGUUAAUCUCAUCUCAGCAUAAUUCCAAGUUUUUUUUUAAUUGCUGAAUGAGAUGAUGGAAUUAUUACUUCUGCUUCUCAAUUAUAAUUAAGUGAUAAAUAAGAUUAUUUCUAUUAUUUCUUUAAGUUAGUCAAUUUUUGCAAUAAAGUAUUAUAUUGUAAUGUACUUUAAGUUAUCUACUAUCUUAUGAAUGUGUUAGCUACUUGUAAAAAUAAUUAAAUUAAGCAGAGAUAUGUUUUUUCAUAGUCUUAAUGAAAAUAAACUAUA